AUGGCGCAAACCAAUAACAGCAAUACUCUCACCCUCGAGAAGAAACGCAGUCUCUCCCCAGAAUCCACUGAGGAAGUCCGCGUCCUCGGCAUCGCAGAAUACGAGCAAGCCGCACAGUGCCUCGCUGAAGCCUUCGCCGUGGAUGAAGUAGCACGCUACUUCAUCGACAUGGAGGAUAUGGCUACUUACUCCGAGGAGUACAAGUGGAAGAUGCAUUGUGAUAUCCUCAGGUAUGUCACAGCAGCUCAUUGUUACAAGGGAAUUGUGACGACGAUUGGACCGGAUUAUGAUGCCGUUGCGCUUUGGAUGCCACCCGGCAAGAAUAUGGACGAUCUCUGGACCAUCCUGCGCUCCGGUAUGUGGCGCCUCUGGUACAAGCUCUCAUCCGAAGGCAAGACCCGUUUCUACAACGAGUUCCUUCCUCUUUUGCACCACACGAAACAUGAUAUUAUGGGUCCUCGAGAUGAUGACUCGUAUUACCUUGUGUAUCUCGGCAGCAAGCCUAGUGCAAGGGGCAAAGGCUAUGCAAAGAAGCUGAUCGAGCACAUGACUGCAAGGGCAGACCUCGAAAACCGCGCCACCUACCUCGAGUCGAGCGCGCACUCCAACAUGACAUACUAUGAAAAGUAUGGCUUUGAGCAGAAGAUCGAUAUACAGCUGGUGAGGGGCCCGAAACCGAUUAAAUUGCAUAUCAUGGUUAGGGAGCCUCAGCCCGUUGCUGAGAGCUCGAAGGGGAAGUCUGGGCAGAGUGUGAGGGUUGGGACUCUCUAA